AGUUACCAUCAUUGAAGUACAAGAUCAUUAGGUAAAUAUCAAAUCUGAUCGGUAAAAAUAGAUAUUUAUAGGUAUUCUAUUUUUAGAAAAUAAAUAUAAAGGUAAAUAAUAAAUCCGAUAUUUAUUAAUUAAUAUAUUUAUGAUUAGGGUUUAACUGCUGCUAAUUUUAGUAGGAAUAAUGCUUACCAAAGUAUAUAUUAGUUUUAAUGGUUAGGCUAAGGAGUAUACUUUACCACUUAAAUUAAAUAUGACAGAAGUAGGUUGUGGUUAUAUCGAACAUUUUAAAUUUUCUUUAGCCGAUUAUACAGCUUAAGUUAUUGGAUAAUUCAACUCAACAGGAGGGUUUUAUUAAGUAUUGAGAAUGAUCAAUUAAUUUAGCUAAGUGGUUUUAAAGAUUACUAAAGUGUAGUUAAUAAUAAACUUCAUGCUUAAGACACAAAUUCGACAACAUGGCAAUACUCAUUAAAAUAAAUGAGAUUAUACAGAAAAGCUCAAAAUUCAAUAAUUGUUGCAUAAGAUUAAGAAUUAGUUGGUACAGAAAGUUAAGAGCUUGAACUUUAAUUAACAUUUGAUUAAACAUCAUAUGAUUUAAGUUCAGGUUAAGAACUUGGUGAUAGAAAAACAGCUACAGUUUCAAUCUUCUUUACUACUGGUUAUUCAAAUAUAAAAUCAAGCUUACCUGAUGGAAUAGAUAUGUUGCUUCCAUUUACAUAAAUUGUAUAUUUAAUUAAUUGAGAUUAGAAUCGUAAAAAACCAACAUAAUAAUUUAAUGUGGAUUUGAAUCCAGAUAGAUAAUUAGAUGCAAUUUAAAGAUAUUUCUUCCAAUAUACAGGUUUCGAUACUAAGAAUGGAAAUAGAACUUAAAAUGUCUACUUUAAUAGAAAAAAGUUCUAUGUUCCUAAAUCUUUUGUAGAAACAUUUUUUGGUCCUUUAUCAGAAUAUUAAAAUAUUCCUAAUUCAAAUUAAGUAUCUAUUUCUCAAGAGGAAAUGGAUAAAGAGAUGAUGAAGAUUUGUUAUGGAACAAUGGAGGAAACAAUAUUAAGAUAGAAUUACGCAGUUUGGCUUUGGAUUAUAGGAAUAUUAGUUUGGUGGAUUGUUAUGGUAUGCACAGAAAAUGAUACAGAAUCAGUAUUUUUGGAAGAAUAUAAAGAUAGUAGAUUAACAAUGAUUCCUUUGUAUAGUAUGUACAAAUUAAACAAUGAUGUGUUUUUCUCAAAACUAUCAAGAUAGUCACAUUACUUAUUAUAUUUUGCUUGGGAAAUCUUAAUAAUAUCUAUAUUAUAUGGAUAGUUUUAUAUUGAUAACACAUAUGAAGUAGGAGAUGCAAUUAUACUAUGGUAUGCAAUAGUAGCAAUAUUAAUUGCAUGGCCUGUUGGAUAUUUCUUUGGAUGGAUUAUUUUUACUGCAAGAGAAUAACAUAAAACCAAAAUGCAAUUAGAAAUAGACUAUAAAUAACAUACUGUACAAAUUAAUAAUAUUUUAGAAUAAAACAACUCCAGAAGCAGAAAAACUACAUGCAGCUAUUUUAGAUGAAGAAAAUAGAAUGUAUACAUCUUGGUAUGUUUAUUAUGGAUUCCAUUUUCUUGCUUUUUGGGCUUGUGUUCUAAUAAGCAUUUGGUAGAUGACAUUUGUAGAUGCUGAUACAUCAGGAUAUUGGGUGGCAACAAUAUUUGUGAUGAUCUUAAUGGAUCAACUAAUUUUAGAUUCAAUUGUUCCAUUUCUACCAUUAAUUGGAGCAGUCCAAAAAUAUAGAGGUUAUUGGUUUGAUUCAGAAUUAGCAAGUUUAUGGAAACAUCGUGAAGAAUUAUGAUUAUUAUUAAAAAUAAAUAAAAC